CGCGCCGCCCCCCCCAUCCCUAAUAGUAGAGUCCAGGGCGGGCCCGCGCAUGCGCGCGGCCAGUAAGUAUAUGAUCCGGGUUGCUAGGGAUCCGGACCGGUCCUUGCUGGCGUCUAGGGGUUGACUUUGGUCCGAGCUUCUAGGACGCGACGGGCUAGGAGCUCGGCCUUGCCCCCAGCAGGCGAGAUGCCUCUCUUUGGGAAUAUCUUCAGUCCGAAGAAGACGCCUCCUCGGAAGUCGGCCUCCCUGUCCAACCUGCAGACUUUGGAUCGUUCAAUCCGGGAUGUGGAGCUGGGUCUCAACUAUGGAACCCCCACGAUGAACUUGGCGGGGCAGAGCCUGAAGUUUGAAAAGGGCCAGUGGAUAGCAGAGGCUGGGAUCAGUGGGGGCGUGGAGCAGAGAGAGAUGCAGCGCCUCCGCAGGCGGAACCAGCAGCUGGAGGAAGAGAACAAUCUCUUGCGGCUGAAAGUGGACAUCCUGCUAGACAUGCUCUCCGAGACCACUGCCGAAUGCCACUUAAUGGAGAAGGAAUUGGAUGAACUGAAAAGCAUCAGCCGGAGGAGGAAAUAAGAGCUCCGAUGCGGGUUAGGAGCAGGGAGACUGCAUCCGUCGGGGGCCUGGGUGAGGCCUUGCUUUUAGCAAAACUAGUGGAUUUGGUCCCCAGGACAAGUGACAACAGGCACUGCCAUCCUUUGUUGCCAGAAGGAAGGUGGCACAGGAUGGAGGAAGCCAGGGCAGGACAGUGGUUGGGAUGCCAACCUGCAAGCAGAUCCCAAGAGGUCUGGGGGAGGGGCUAACCUUUAGGUGCAAAUGCCCAUGUCCCCACCCACCUAUAGGGGCCAGAGCUGGACUCCAUGACUCAUCGUCUCCCUGCUUAUGCUGGAUUUGGGGGAUGGCAGUAGCUCCACAGAGCCCACAUUUAGGGGUCUGGAAUAAGUGACUGACUCUCUUGGGUCUCUGCGCCCUCCUCCCCACCAGGCCGCCUGUCCCGGCCUGUGAAGAAUGCUCCACUCCAGAUCCACAGCUGCUCUGGCUUCGGCUUCCCAGCAACAAGCGCCAGCCUUUCUUCCACAGCAACACUAUUUUUGUGCUACUUUCCUGUUUAUACUCUUUCCUUUGUAUUAAAUGAUAUUGAACGAUC